CCUGGGAGCCUUCAAUCGUGGCUUCAACAACUGACUGAACAGCCCAGUCAAGUAUUUGCCACCAAGGUGGAUCGAUGAGACCUUCACUCGAGCCACUUCGUCAAUUAAAAAAUUAAGAGCAUCAUCAAAACUCAUCGUCAGUCACUCGGCUUCGUCAACAAAUGAGUUCGAAUUAUCAGCGACCAAUAGCUAGUAAUUAUCAAGUUUUCGACGAGGAUUCCUGCUCUAAUUAUGGACCCGAGGGAUACGGUAGCACCAGUCCCAAGACUCGAUUGAGGAUGUCACCGAGGGAGGACGCGAGUUCUCCUAAUGAAUUGAGCCAGAGGAGUCAGACACGGGGGUUCGAGGGAGAUGAUCUCACUGAGAGUGCUGCCUUCGACAGGCAGACCGCCCUGAUGGACGCUGACAUGCAUUGGGAGAUGAAUUAUCACGAGGCUGCUAUAUUCUUGGAGGAAGGAAGAAACAAUGAGAAGUUUGACUCGCACCCGAGACAUCCAGAGGAUCUUCCCGCCUAUCUUCUUGUUCACAACAGCUGGUACUAUGGCCUUGAUCUUCUCACAUCGGUUGUUCUACUGGCAUUAGCAGUCGUUGAAGAACCAGCAGUACCUCUAUUUCAGUUGCCAGUCUGGGCCCACGGAUCCAUCGAGCUCUUGGCAUUAAUCACAAUAGGGGUGGAAUUGGCAUUGAAACUUCGAUGGAUCGGCUGGGGUACGAUUCUCAAACACAAGAGAACAAUGCUCAAGUGCAUCACCCUGGCAAUAAUGUUCUUGGAAGCGACAACCGUUCUAAUCCGUCAAUCCUCUCACGUCCGGGUGACCCGUGCACUGAGGCCAAUUUUCCUGGUGGACACCAAAUACUGCGGUGGUGUGAGGCGAUUUAUCCGCCAAAUUCUCCAGACAUUACCACCGAUUCUCGAUAUGCUGGGUCUUCUCCUGUUCUUCAUCACUACGUACAUGGUUCUCGGGUAUUUUAUGUUUUCCGAGGGCAACAGCAACUUUGGCACACUGCAGGAUAGUUUCGUCAGCCUUUUUGUACUUUUGACUACCGCCAACUUCCCCGACGUCAUGAUGCCCUCCUACUCCCGCAGCAAGUGGUACGCCAUAUACUUCGUAACAUAUCUCUGCACAAUGCUGUACGUGAUGAUGAACCUGAUGCUGGCAGUUGUGAACGAGACAUUCACCUCAGCCGAGCGCGACAAGUUCAAGAAGCUCUUUCUCCACAAGAGGAGAGCAUGUCAGCACGCUUUCAAGCUUCUCGUCUCAAAGCAGAACCCCGAUAAAAUGCGGUUCCGCCAGUUCGAGGGACUGAUGCGCUACUACGCCCCCCAGAAGAGCACCCUCGACGUUAUUCUCAUGUUCAGGCACAUGAACGCAUCAGGCAGUGGUGCACUGAGCUGCGAGGAAUUCCUAUCGGUCUACGAUGUUACAACACUUCAGUGGGAGCCACAAUUCACUGGGAUACCCUGGUAUCACACAGCAUGGCCACCGCUCCAGAUGCUGUGCACUGGAGCCAAUGCCGCUAUCAUGUGGCCAUAUUUCGAGAGUUUUGUUUAUGCUACGAUAAUCGGAAAUGGAGUUGCGAUGUUCAUCAGACUGUUUCAAUCGAAUGCUGAUCUGAUUGAAUCAGCCCACAGAUUCGCUGGCUGUUGGGAUACUCUCCUAUUCGGUGCAUUUUUCGUCACUGAAGCAUUGAUAAAAGUCCUCGGACUGGGGAUGCGGAGGUACCUCAGCUCUGGCUGGAAUCUCUUCGAUCUCGGGGCCUCCAUAAUGUCCCUCGUUGCCUCUUGUGCGCUCACACUAUUCCCAGGGGCAACGUUCUUGGUAAUAUUCCGACCUCUCCGGCUACUGAGAUUAUUCAAAAUGAAGAAGAGAUACAGGGAUGUGUUUGGAACACUUGUUAUUUUAUCACCACUGAUGUGCUCCACCGCCAUUGUUAUGCUGAUUUUGUACUACUUUUUUGCUAUUAUUGGAAUGGAAAUGUUCGCCGGGUACGAUAUGAGGAAUUGUUGUGUAAAUACAACAGUUGAAGAUUUCUACAAAUACUCAGCAAACGGAAGCACAGCCCUGGGCUACUAUUACCUCAAUACCUUCGACAAUCUGAUGGCAAGCAGCAUGACAUUGUUCGAAUUGACAGUAGUCAAUAAUUGGUUCAUAUUCAUGAAUGCCUAUGCAUUUACUGCUGGCCAUUACACAAGAGUUUACUUCAUGAUAUUCUACCUGGUGACCAUGAUUGUUCUCACGAUUGUCGUGUCGAGCUUCCUCGAGGCUUUCCGAUUCCGAAUUCAGUACAAAAGGUCGACGUCGAAACGGGAUGAGGAAAAAAUGUUACAUGAGGAAGUUGAACUGAGGUGGGACGAGCUCCAGUCUAUUGUUCAAGAUUUUCAAUUGCUGGAACAGUUGAGGGGGCUACUGGUGGUGGGGAGUACAACAACAUACAUUGGCUCUCGCCCAAGAACCCGUGAAGUUCUCCAAAGGAGAAUGUACACGAACGAGAUAUUCGAGUGGUUAGCCGAGGCAAAACUGGAAGAAAAAGACGUGAGAUCCAACGCUGGUAACAGUUUCGAUGAAAUUGGAAUAGAGGAUGGUGACAUUGAUCCCGAACAAGUUGUUCUCAGUCGUGAGCGGGCUCUGCAUCACCGCAAUGGCGUAACAACGAGUCCCAUGUAACUCUGACAUCGAGAUUACGAUCGAAAACCACUGGAAAACAGUGGAAACCCACUCAUUCUCUGAUUUCACCUGCAGUUUUAAUUUUCACCCUCGUGUCCAGGUGGUUCAUGACUAUUUUCCUUCCAUCGUUUUUUUUAUCCAAGAACACGGACG